AUGGGGCCGAGCCGGGCACUGCCACCGCUGCUGGGGCUGCUGCUGGCGCUGGCGCUGGCCGGAGCCACCACGCCGGAGCCACGCGGAUCCAUGGCGGGACCGGACGGAGCCACGCUGGGGCGGGAAGGAACCGCAGGAACCGCGGCGGCCUCAUCCUCACCGCGGCCCCUGAGCUACGGGGCCGUGGUGGCGGCGGCCGUGGAGCUGCUCAACGCCAGGGCCGUCAGCCCCUACGUCCUGCGGCUCCGCGAGGCUCAGCCCCGGCCCGGCUGGCCCUCGGACCUGCAGAGCCGGCAGGAGCUGAGCUUCACCCUGGAGGAAACCACAUGCCGGACACCGGGAAUGGCCACCAGCAACUGCAAGAGCCGCUGGCUCGGGGCGGUGACCUGGUGCCAGGGCUCCGUUUUCCGGGAGGGGCAGCAGCCCACGGUGGAGCUGUCCUGCGAGAAGGCGCCGGCUGCGUUUGGCCGGAUCUGGAAAUCCAAGAUCAAGGAUUUCUUUGGCAAGAUCAAGCAGCGUUUCCAGGGGUUCCUCCAGUGUGGUCGGAUCUGGAUCCGGGACAGGCUCAACCUCGAGGCUCCCAAACCCUGA